UCCAGAUCAGCUGGCUAUGAAUGGAGUUCUUUAGUGCAGCCAAGGCCGCAGAUGCAGUUAAAGAAACUGAGUGCAACCUGUGAGUUUGAACUAACAGAAAGAUGGUGCCGUUUGAAAGGAAACCUGCUCUUCUUAAUGAAAAAUAGAAGCAGUACAUCAGACCUUGCUGAGGUAAUAAUCCUGGAACGAUGUGACAUUGUGGAGUGCAGAGAUAACAGGAGUGCAACAUUCAUUAUCAAAUUUGAGAGUGGCGAGCCAGAGAUUUAUCUUGAAGCUAUCUCAAAGUCAGACUGUGAAGACUGGAUUGCAGCACUCCGAGAGGCAAACUGUGAAGGCUUGCAAAGGAGAAUUGCACACCUCCAGUAUUUCAUUAUGGAAAUCAAAGCGAAUACAAGCCCAGAUGGAAUCAACCAAAUUCUCCCUCUACCAGAGAUACCAUCUCCACUGAUAAGUAUUGACAAAACUCCUUUUGAACCAAAGCUGGAAUUCAGUCUUGCAUGCAAGGAACUAGUGGCAACAACUCGUGAUCGGAAACCAAAUUCUUUUGUGCAGAUCACUGUCAUAAAUCCUACACAACAGAGUCUGACCAGAUACUCUAAUACUGAAACAGUGGAGGGAACAAGAGAUCCAGUGUUUUUGACUGGUGCUACUUUCCCACCGGGCUAUCCCAUUUAUGAGGAAACACUGGUGAAGUUAACUGUCUACGAUGUCAAGGAGAAAUCCCAAGAAACCCGAAGCUUCCUGGGUUCUGCUACAUUUGCUGUAGGUGAUCUGCUGAAAUCAGAUGAGCAAACGUUAACCAUUAACCUAAGCCCUCUAGAUGGUUCAAGCAAAGUGGGGACCAUAGUGGUCAGCAACCUUAAAAUGAGAGAGAAUGAAAAUGAAGAAACAGACCAAACCCCUGGUGAGGUUUCGAGGCCAAAGCCAACUUCUUUUUAUGGCAAUCUGUUGCACAGAACUAUUAAAGACCCUGAAAAUUCCUCACUUCUUGAUUCAGUCUUUAAAAAUAUCAUAUGGAAAGUCUACAGAUUGCCCACAGCUAAUGGUAGGUGGCUGUGUGUAAGGGAACAGAUGGCUGAAACUACACUGUCUUUCCUCAUCCCUAAACAAAUGAUCGCACUGUUCAUCCAGGAAGAUAUGAGAAGGUUGCAGGAUCUGGAAGAGCUGGGGGAGCUUUCCGCUCACUGGGACACUCUGCGACAAAAUGUAACCAUCCAUUACCAGCACAUGAUUAGCAGCUACAAAGAAAUGCUUACGGAACUCAAUAAAUUCUCAGGGUCAUCAUUUAAACCGAGCUGCAGCAGAGGAGAGAAGAAGCUUGAAUUUAUUCCAGUUAAUCUGCAUUUACAAAGAAUGCAUGUUCAGUGUAGUUCUUCCAAAACUGAUGGCAUCUAUGAUGUUGUUACCAUUGGAGCUCCAGCAGCCCAUAUUCGGGGGUUUCGAAAUGGAGGCCUUCGUAGGCAACUGUACAGAUUUGAGGGAGAAAAAAGGAAUUCAGCAUACCAGUAUAUCUACUACUCACCUGAAGACACGACCAAAGCAAAAGAAGUGAUAACCAACAUUUAUAAACUUCAACCACUCAUAUUGAGCAACGCAGAGCUUCUGCUAACUGCAGCAAGGCAACACUCCAGUGACAAUCUCAAAGAUUCAUUGAAAACUCUCAGUGAAAUAACUGAACAGUUUGUACAUGCUUUUGAAGACCAAUUGCUGAGAAGUGCCCUGUUAGCUUUACAUAAGGCUCGUCCAAGCUACAUCAACAAAAAGCACCCCAAUCCUAUCCAUAAUCCAGAUGGCAGUGAACAACAGUAUGAAAGCAGUGAACGCAGGUCCAGCAAAGAUUCAAUACCUCAUCAUGCUGAAUAUGACGAAGAAGAUUGGGACAGAGUUUGGGUGAACGUGGGGAAAAGUUUGAACUGUAUUAUUGCAAUGGUGGACCGACUGCUUGAACAAGUUGACACAGGACAAGAAUGUGAGGUUGAACCUUCAGCAGUUAAUCAAAUUACCUCUUCAGCAUCUGAUGACUGGUAUGAACAGCUGUACCCUCUGGUAGUUACUUUAAAGGACUGUGUCAAGGAAGUGAUUGACAGAGCAAAGAAGGCCAUGGUAUUUGUUCUUCUUCAAGAUUAUGGUUCCAAUAUAUCUCAGGCCCUGGCGUUGCAUCAGAGGAGAGAUGUUGUCUUCAGCCAAGCACUUGCCGGUCUCGUCUGUGGUUUUGUGAUCAAACUGCACACGUGUUUACACGACCAGGACUUCCUAUUGCAGCUUCACACUGUGGGUUUGCUUGUACAGUUUGAAGGACUUCUCAGCACAUACAGUGAAGAGAUUGGAAUGCUAGAGGACAUGUCAGUUGCAAUCGUAGAUUUACAGAAAGUGGCAUUCAAAGUUGUUGAAGCACAGUUGGAAGAGAGUGCUAGUGCCAAUCUUUAUCCUGUUGUGACUGGAAUCAGAGAUUUUUACACAGUGGAGGUUCAGCUUCCCAGUAAGUUGUUUGAAGUUUUGCCGCAAGAGAUUAAAGAUGGAAAGCUGCUACGUGUGCACCCAGUAUUUUUUAACAUCGGAAUAAAUGAACAACAAACUCUGGCAGAGAGGUUUGGGGAUAUUUCUCUGCAGGAAAUUAUCAAUCAAGAGAAUUUUAAAUUACUCAAUAAAUAUUAUAAAACAUUUCAAGAAAAACUAAUAUCAAAUUGUCUGCCUCGAUUUCAAACUCAGAUUGAUAUAAAAGAACUACUUCAAAGCCUUAGCCAAAAUGUCCAAGUUCGGAAAAGAAAAAAUGUGGAAGUCCUAAAACUUGCUGCAUUGAUUUGCCGAAGGUUAAACGGAAUACGCUUCACAAGUUGUAAAAGUGCCAAAGACAGGACAUCCAUGUCAGUCACAUUGGAACAAUGUGUGAUUCUUCAAGAAGAACAUAGUCUACACCCAGACUAUUUUACCAGAGCAUUGGACUGCAUGAGGAGAGAAGGAUGUCGAAUAGAAAAUGCACAGAAGAAUAUAAAUUGCAGGAAAUAUGCAUUCAACAUGAUUCAGCUGAUGGCAUUCCCAAAAUACUACAGACCACCCGAUGGAACAUAUGGAAAAGCAGACACUUAAACUUAAUAACAUUUGUAAGCAGACAGUUUACAAAAUUAUUCAGGUUUUAAUUAGCUCUAAAUAGAAAGAGUAACUAUCUACUACUUGUGACUAAGUGAUUUCGGCUGAAAACAUCCACCCAGAUUGAAUUUCUUUGGUGAUCUUCUUCAUGUCAAAGGAAAUUUUAGAAUUUGUGUAUAGCCCUUUUCAUUUAUUUUUAUUUUUGAGGACUAGGACAUAGUCAAUUCUCCUUGCUGAUGUUGCAUGAAGAGCACCAAUGUUAAAAUGUGCCAAUGCAAUUCUAUCCAAAAAAACAACUGUACAUUAAAUUUUUUUUGUAUAAAUUAUGUUGACAAUGCUUGUUGCAGCACAUUUUUGUCCACAGUUGCAUCUUCACGUUUUAUGAUUGCUGUUUAAAGUUAACAAGUAAUAUUUAAAAGCAACUGUUUAUUACUUUAAGGAAAUAUUCAUUACCAGAUGUGCCAGGGUUAAACAGUAUACCCAGCUCAAGUGCAAUACAGGUAAUCUAUGACUUGAAGAAAUUACUGUAUUUACUGGUGAUAUUUAUGUCCAAACAUUUUAUUGGCAGUAAUCAGCACAAUGUACUCUCACAAAGGAAUGAGUAUAAUGUGUUCCUGCCUCUGAUCAUAGUGUGUGUUGCUUUAAUUGACAGCAGUGUGCUGAUGUUUAAACAUUGAUGUUAGAAAUUCAGAGUUUCUGCAACUCAUUCACCCAAACAAAAUGUAGGGGCAUGAGCCACAGGAUUUCAAUGUGCAUUCUUUUCCUGAAAAUGCAGUAAUAGCUAUUUUAAUGCAGUAAAGCCCAUGUCCGUUUUUAAAACCUAAUCCUUAGUUGUUUUACAGGUGCAUUAGGAGUAAAAAGAUAACAUGGGAAAUAGUAGGGCCCAUUAAGGACUACAGUUGGAGGAUGUAGGUAGGGUUCUAAAUUAAUACUUUGUGUCAGUGUUCAUUGGUGAGAGGGAUGAUAUGGGAAUGAAAAUCAGGGAGAAAGUCUGUGAUACAAUUAAAGUGUUAGCAUAGAUAGAGAAGACGCUGUUAGUGAUCAGGUAGACUUAAACCUUCAGGUCCAGAUGAAAUGUUUCCCAAGUUGUUGAGUGAGGCAAGGGCAUAAAUAGCAGGGGCACUUGUGACAAUUUUUUAAUUCCUCUCUGGCAACAGGAGAUUUGAUUUGGUUUGAUUUGAUCUAUUAUUG